UGUUUUUCACAGCAACUCGAAAAUGUCUUCGACAAAACUCAUCUCGCUCAUUGUCUCCAUAACAUUCUUCUUAUCUCUCCUCCGACCCUCCACGGCGCAAACUGUCGUGAAAGCUACGUAUUGGUUCCCGGCGAGUGAGUUCCCGGUCACGGACAUUGACUCAUCUCUCUUCACUCACCUCUUCUGCGCUUUUGCCGAUCUCAACUCUCAAACCAAUCAAGUCACUGUCUCCUCCGCGAACCAACCAAAGUUCUCCACUUUUACACAAACUGUCCAACGUAGAAACCCUUCCGUGAAGACCCUUUUGUCUAUCGGCGGUGGAAUCGCCGAUAAAACCGCGUAUGCUUCCAUGGCAAGUAACCCCACUUCUCGAAAAUCGUUCAUUGAUUCUUCGAUAAGACUCGCUAGGUCGUACGGAUUCCACGGUCUUGAUCUAGACUGGGAGUAUCCGAGCAGCGCAACGGAGAUGAGCAACUUCGGAACGCUACUUCGAGAAUGGCGAUCUGCGGUUGUGGCAGAAGCUAGUAGCAGCGGUAAACCGCGUUUGCUAUUGGCAGCUGCGGUGUUCUACUCCAAUAAUUAUUAUUCGGUACUGUACCCGGUUCAAGCCGUUGCUAGCAGCUUGGAUUGGGUUAAUCUUAUGGCCUAUGAUUUUUACGGACCGGGUUGGUCUAGAGUAACCGGUCCACCAGCUGCUCUCUAUAAUCCCUCCAACACAGGUCCAAGCGGGGAUGCAGGAGCAAGGUCAUGGAUUCAAGCUGGACUUCCAGCGAAGAAAGCAGUCUUGGGAUUCCCAUACUACGGCUACGCGUGGCGUCUCACGAACGCUAAUAGCCACAGCUAUUAUGCGCCUACCUCUGGAGCGGCUAUAUCACCCGAUGGUUCGAUAGGUUACGGUCAGAUAAGGAAGUUCAUAGUAGAUAACGGAGCAACAACGGUUUAUAACUCGUCCGUGGUUGGAGAUUAUUGUUACUCUGGCACUACUUGGAUUGGUUACGACGAUAAUCAGAGUAUUGUGACCAAAGUGAGAUAUGCUAAGCAGAGAGGUUUGCUUGGUUACUUCUCGUGGCACGUUGGUGCUGACGAUAAUUCUGGUCUAUCUCGUGCAGCAUCACGUGCAUGGGAUGCUACGGCGGCAACCGUUAGAACUAUAGAAAAGGUUUAAGCUUUCCAAUGUUCCCACAACUACAAGUGAAGAAGUGGCUUUUUGUAACUUAUACAAAAAAAUAAACGUUAUUUGCUUAUAUAUAGUCAAAGAAAAGGGAAAUAAUAAGAUAUUGAUAA